CUCUCCUUUCCUUUCCUUUCCUCCGUCUUUUCCUUUCUUUUCACAACAUUUUCCCUCUCGUCUCCUCCCUUAUCCCAUGACUCCCACCUCUAUUCCCCGCGACUCCCAAUUCCUUCCCUUUUUCUCUCAUGACUCUCUCUUUCCCUCCCUGUCUCUUCCUCAUUCUCCCACCACUAAAUCCUCACCCUCAUAAUCGCAGCCCUUCAUCAUGCGGUCGCCACAGGCUUUCCGCAACGGAGACACCCCUUCCCCUCACUUUCACAACACCGUGACUCUCCGUAAACUCAGACGAUUCAACACACUUAUUCUCGUCUUCCGAGUUACUGCUUUCACUUUCUCCUUCGCUUCCUCAGUCUUCAUGGUCACUAACUCUCGCGGCUCCGAUUCCCCUCACUGGUUCGAUUUCGACGCUUUCAGAUUCCGCGGGAACAGCGAUGACGAAGAUGUUGAAAUGUACGGACACGUGUACGGCAUCUAUCUUGAUCUGCAUGCAGUCCGAUAUAUCCGUGGCAUUGGGUUCCGCCGGGUUUUGUUUCUCGGGUUGUCGUCGUUGCUGUCGGGUUUUCGUGUUGUCUGUUUUAUUAUCAACGGCUCUCGUUUCAUAUUCUAAAGACAC